UCCUGAAUACGUUGAAGUGGUUACAGUGUAGCUUGGUGCGUUUGCUAGACCCUGUGCAUUGUGGUUGCAUUCUAAUCAAUUUAUACUCCAAAACAGGUUGUAAUGUGUUGGUACUGAAUAAGGCGGUUAUGCUGUGGUUUUGUGUUAGACCUUUCUGAUUAUCUGCAUGCGUUUUUCCAUUGGCUUGUUUGCAAAUCUAAAGCUCUGCUUCUGUAGCGUUAAUGAAUUACCGAGGAGCUACGCAUUCCUUUCCACAAUACUGCAACCACACACCACCUUGGCAUGCAAAAUCACAAGAGGACUCUAGAAACUGCAUCAUGCAUUAUAAAGCUGCUUGGAAGCCAAUUAAUUUGCUGUGAAGAGCUGAAGCUGUUGACAGCCACUUAUUCUUAAUUUCUUAUAACGUGAAUGACAGGCACUGAGGCGUAGAUUGCGUUUAGUAUUUCCAGAGCAUUACAAAUCUGGAAUCUGAAAAGGUGCUCUAGAUUUUCUGGAAUGUAAGUGGCACGUUAUGGAAUUAUAAUAUUUUAUAAAUUGCUCUGGUGCGUCAGUUCUAGUGAUUUGGAAUUGCUACGUGUGAUGAUGCCUUCAUGGAGGAUGCUGGUGUGAAAAGGGAAUGACAUUUUGUUUCCUUGGCUUGAGAAAUAACACUCGGAGUUGCUGGCGUGGUGAUUCUCAUUUCUGGACUGGUAGCUGCCUACAACUGACCUUACCAGCCGGUUAUUCCAGCCUCUGUUUUUGCAGGUUAAGGCCAGCGUGCUUGCGUUCUUUUCUUCCAGCCCCGGAAAUCUGAAGUGCUGCAGGUGUAUGACUGUACUAGUGUGUUAGAUCUCAGUACACAAAACAGUAGUAAAAUAUGGCAGAGAAGGAGGUGAGCCAAGAGACAAAUCUGGGAGCCUAUUCACCCGUGGAUUAUAUGAGUAUCACCAGCUUUCCGCGGUUGCCAGAGGAGGACGCCGUGUCCAGUGACACGGUGCUUCGGGCACGCAAGGAGGAAGAUGCCUUCUUAGGUGAACCGGAUACAGAUCCAGACUCCUUCCUGAAGUCUGCCCGCCUUCAACGUUUGCCAUCUUCUUCCUCAGAAAUGGGGAGCCAGGAUGUGUCCCCACUUCGAGAGACCACCAAGGACCCCUUCUCUAGUGAAUGCAGCUGUCGGCAAGAUGGUCUUACUGUGAUAAUCACUGCAUGCUUAACAUUUGCCACUGGAGUAACAGUAGCCCUUAUUAUGCAGAUAUAUUUUGGUGACCCUCAGAUAUUCCACCAAGGUGCUGUUGCCACAGAUGCAUCUCGCUGCUCAGCUUUGGGGGUCGAAGUGUUGAACAAACAAGGCUCUUCCGUGGAUGCAGCAAUAGUGGCCUCAUUGUGCUUAGGAAUAAUUAAUCCACAUACCUCUGGUAUUGGAGGGGGUGGUGUGAUGAUGAUCCAUGACAUCAGGAAGAAUGAGAGUCAUGUGAUUGACUUUAGAGAAACGGCUCCAUCUAACCUGCAUGAAGACCUUAUGAAAAGUGGUUGGGAGUUAAAGCCGGGCCUGCUGGUGGGAGUCCCAGGUAUGCUACAAGGCAUGUAUCAGGCGCAUCAACUAAAUGGCAAGUUGCGGUGGUCUGAGCUGAUGACUCGCGCAGCUCAUGUUGCUCGAGAGGGAUUUAAUGUAACACAUGACUUAGCCAAGGCCAUUUUGGAAAUGAAGGACCAAAAUGUCUCAGAAACGUUCCAGCAAAUAUUCUUUCCUGAUGACCAGCCAUGGCUUCCUGAAAUGUUUAUGAGGCGUCCUGAUCUGGCUGACAUCUUCGAAUCUGUUGGUCGGCAUGGAGUGUCUGCCUUUUACAACAGCAACCUUACCCAGGAGAUGGUAGCAGAGGUGCAGAGUAAUGGCGGUGUUCUGUCAGAGGAGGACUUCACCAACUACAGCGUCCUGGUAGAAAAACCAGUUGAAGGCUUGUAUCAAGGGCACCUUGUCCUUGCUCCACCAGCUCCACAUGCUGGCCCUGCAUUAAUUGCUGCCCUUAAUAUCCUGGAAGGAUUUAAUAUCACGAGCCAUGUUCCUAGAAAUAUCACCUAUCACUGGACUGCAGAGGCUUUGAAAAUAGCACUAGCUAUGGCAAGUAGCCUUGGUGACCCGUUCUUUGAUACCAGACUGUCUCACACAGUACCAGACAUGUUAAGCAAGAUGGAGGCAAAUUUCCAUCGUCAAAUGAUCAAUGACUCACAUUCUUUUCCUGCCAGCCACUACAUGUCCUUUUAUGGCCUUAAAGUCGACCAGGUGGCCAGUCAGGUGGUGGUCAUUGGGCCUGAUGACUUCAUUGUUUCUGUUGUCAGCUCUCUAAAUCGUCCAUUUGGAAGUGGCAUUAUGACACCCUCUGGAGUCCUUCUCAACAGCCAAAUGUUGGAUUUUUCUUGGUUGAAUAAGACCCAAGAUCAUACAACCCCAAACCCAGCAAACAGUAUACAGUCAGGAAAGAGACCCAUGUCCUUUCUGCUUCCUACAAUAGUUCGCCCAUCAGAGGGUUUGUGCGGCACCUACUUAUCCCUUGGAGGUUCCAACGGUGAUGAAGCACUGAGCAGUAUUACACAGGUAUUGCUGAAUGUGCUUUCCUUCCACAAAAACUUGAGUGAAAGUCUAUCACUGGGCAGGUUGCACCCACAACUUCAGACAGAUAUUCUGCUGAUUGAAAGUGAUUUCCUUGAAGAAGAUGAAGAGUUCUUAGAUGUCAGAGGUCAUACUGUUAAAAGAGUGGACUCUGUUUCUUUGGUUCAUGGAGCACGCCGAAUCAAUGAUCUAAUCAUUGGAGUGAAGGACCCAAGAAGUAAUGAUUCCGCUGCUUUCUCAGUUGCCUAGUGAUAUAUUUAACUGUGCAUUCAUUUCAUGAAAAAUCUGGGGGAAAAAGAUGACACUGAAGUACUCAUAAAAAGCACUCCUGUAUAAUGCCACCAAGAAUAAAAAAAGUAUUUGCUGUACCUGUUGCAGAUACCCAAAUAUGUACACUUUCCACCUCUGCUUCCCCCCAAAGAAAUAAACACCACUUUCAGAGCGUGACAUAUGAGGAUGUACCAAUCACAUCAUGUCGGAGGGCAGAUUUUAUAGAGGUGGAAGUUACUUUAACAAAUAUUAAUUAAAUUAGACAUAUUUAAGUAAUACAGACAAAACUAGGAUAAUGGAAAAAAGUAAGUGCAGAGGAAAUUGUGGAGUUCUAAGAUAAACACUGGCAUGUUUAAUACUGAAUCUGGCUGGUAUAAUGAAUGGUAAAUUGAAUGUUAACAGAGCUUUGUGUUGAGCUUUAGUUUGGUAUUUAAAUGUUUUCCUCUGCAAACAAUGUUUAAAUGUUUUUAUAGAUUUUUUUUUAAUUUAUUAUCUGUAUGCAGUUUUAAUUUUUGGCCAUUCAUGUUUGUCUGUUCCGCCAACAGUAACACUUGUAUUAACACCAUUACAGUUCACGGUGGACCUCAGACAAGCUUAGUAUAAAACUUUUAACAAAACUGAACAUAAUGCUGCUUGCCUUAACAGUUUUUUGCCAAGAAAGAAUAAUUACCAUACGUACUCUGUAAUAUACUUAUAUUUCAAAUCCUUUAAAUAUUAUUACUGUUACAUAUUUCAUAAGUAUCUUGUUCACAGUAACAAUUUAUUCUUAACCUAGUUCUUUAGAAAAUCAUCACAGUGGUACAGUCAAUGUGAAAUAAAAGUUAUUGUUAUUUUGCUAUCCAAUGUA